CUGGCCACCGACGUCGGCCUAAAACUGAGAACCUCCUGCCGGGCUGGGUGGGAAGUAGAGUUCACGGGCUUCCUCGCCCCACACACCCAGGGUGACCCAGGCGGCCCACUUCCCUGAUCCUUAGCCAGUUGGCAUAGCCUGGCCUGCCCUUGCCACUUGCCCCGCGGUCGUCGUUUCCAUGUUCGUGUUAACCCAAGUCCCUAGAGUUAAGGGGAGCCAGCUGCUGGGCCUGACGUCUGACUUCCUAUUACAGCCCUGGAUCGGUUUUCACACACUGCCUCUGGGCAGGCAGCCCCCUUUGCAUGCCCACACGCCGUCCACCGCCCGCCAUCCGAGAGUGUCUUUCCUCACAGGGACCCGGGAUUGUGGAGGUAGAAGGAGAGGUAGCAUCAGAUAAAGAUGAUAUUCGGCUGCUGCCUUCAGCGUUGGGUGUGAAGAAGCGAAAACGAGGCCCUAAGAAGCAGAAGGAAAACAAGCCAGGCAAACCUAGGAAACGGAAGAAGCUCGACAGUGAAGAGGAAUUUGGCUCAGAGCGAGAUGAGUACCGGGAGAAGUCAGAGAGUGGAGGCAGCGAGUAUGGAACUGGACCAGGUCGGAAACGAAGAAGGAAGCACCGAGAAAAAAAAGAGAAAAAAACAAAAAGGAGGAAAAGGGGAGAAGGGGAUGGGGGACACAAGCAGGUGGAGCAGAAGUCAUCCGCAACCUUGCUUCUGACCUGGGGCUUAGAGGAUGUGGAACACGUGUUCUCCGAGGAGGACUACCACACACUUACCAAUUACAAAGCUUUCAGUCAGUUCAUGAGGCCCCUAAUUGCUAAGAAGAAUCCUAAGAUCCCGAUGUCAAAGAUGAUGACCAUCCUGGGGGCCAAGUGGAGAGAGUUCAGUGCCAAUAACCCCUUCAAAGGGUCGGCAGCUGCCGUGGCGGCGGCAGCGGCAGCAGCAGCAGCAGCUGUGGCUGAGCAGGUGUCAGCUGCUGUCUCCUCAGCCACCCCCAUAGCACCAUCUGGACCCCCCCCUGCCCUUCCACCACCCCCUGCUCCUGAAAUCCAGCCCCCACCCAUCAGAAGAGCCAAAACCAAAGAGGGCAAAGGUCCAGGCCACAAGAGGCGGAAUAAGAGCCCCCGAGUGCCUGAUGGACGCAAGAAGCUUCGAGGGAAGAAGAUGGCGCCACUGAAAAUCAAGCUAGGGCUGCUGGGUGGCAAGAGGAAGAAGGCGGGCUCGUGUGCUUUUCAGAGUGAGGAGGGCCAUGAACCAGAGGCAGAGGAGUCAGACCUGGACAGUGGUAGUGUCCAUAGUGCCUCAGGCUGGCCUGAUGGCCCUGUCCGUGCCAAGAAGCUGAAGCGAGGUCGGCCAGGAAGGAAGAAGAAGAAGGUCCUGGGCUGUCCUGCAGUGACCGGAGAGGAGGAAGUUGACGGCUACGAGACGGAUCACCAGGAUUACUGUGAGGUGUGCCAGCAGGGCGGGGAAAUUAUUCUGUGCGACACCUGCCCCCGUGCCUACCACCUCGUCUGCCUUGACCCCGAGCUUGACCGGGCUCCUGAGGGCAAGUGGAGCUGCCCCCACUGUGAGAAGGAGGGGGUGCAGUGGGAGGCCAAGGAGGAGGAGGAAGAGUAUGAGGAGGAAGGGGAGGAGGGAGAGAAGGAGGAAGAGGAUGACCACAUGGAGUACUGCCGAGUGUGCAAGGACGGCGGGGAGCUCCUGUGCUGUGACGCUUGCAUCUCCUCCUACCACAUCCAUUGUCUGAACCCCCCACUGCCUGACAUUCCCAAUGGCGAAUGGCUGUGCCCACGAUGCACAUGUCCUGUGCUGAAGGGCCGUGUUCAGAAGAUCUUGCAUUGGCGAUGGGGGGAGCCACCUGUGGCAGUGCCAGCACCGCAGCAGGCAGACGGGAACCCAGACGUCCCACCCCCUCGUCCUCUUCAAGGCAGAUCAGAGCGAGAGUUCUUUGUCAAGUGGGUGGGACUGUCCUACUGGCACUGUUCCUGGGCCAAGGAGCUUCAGCUGGAAAUCUUCCACUUGGUAAUGUACCGAAACUAUCAACGGAAAAAUGACAUGGACGAGCCCCCGCCGCUGGACUAUGGCUCUGGUGAGGAUGAUGGGAAGAGUGACAAGCGCAAGGUGAAGGACCCGCACUAUGCGGAGAUGGAGGAGAAGUACUACCGUUUCGGCAUCAAGCCGGAGUGGAUGACUGUCCACCGCAUCAUUAACCAUAGUAUGGAUAAAAAGGGGAACUACCACUACCUUGUGAAAUGGAAGGAUCUGCCUUACGACCAGUCCACGUGGGAGGAGGAUGAGAUGAACAUCCCAGAGUACGACGACCAUAAGCAGAGCUACUGGAGACACCGUGAGCUAAUUAUGGGCGAGGACCCCGCACAGCCUCGAAAGUAUAAGAAGAAGAAGAAGGAGUUACAGGGUGAUGGGCCUCCCAGUUCACCUACUAACGAUCCAACAGUGAAAUAUGAGACUCAGCCAAGGUUCAUCACAGCCACGGGCGGCACACUGCACAUGUAUCAGCUGGAAGGGCUGAACUGGCUGCGCUUCUCGUGGGCCCAAGGCACUGACACGAUCCUGGCGGAUGAGAUGGGGCUGGGCAAGACCAUCCAAACCAUCGUCUUUCUCUACUCACUGUAUAAGGAGGGCCACACAAAAGGUCCCUUCCUGGUGAGUGCUCCACUCUCCACCAUCAUCAACUGGGAACGGGAGUUCCAGAUGUGGGCACCCAAGUUCUAUGUGGUCACAUAUACGGGCGACAAGGACAGCCGGGCCAUCAUAAGAGAAAACGAGUUUUCGUUUGAGGAUAAUGCCAUAAAAGGCGGGAAGAAAGCUUUCAAGAUGAAGAGAGAGGCACAGGUGAAGUUCCAUGUCCUUCUGACAUCAUACGAGCUGAUCACCAUCGAUCAGGCGGCGCUUGGCUCCAUCCGCUGGGCCUGUCUUGUGGUGGAUGAGGCUCAUCGACUCAAGAACAACCAGUCCAAGUUUUUCAGGGUCCUCAAUGGCUACAAGAUAGAUCAUAAGUUGUUGCUGACGGGGACCCCGCUGCAGAACAACCUGGAGGAGCUCUUCCACCUUCUCAACUUCCUCACCCCAGAGAGGUUCAACAACUUGGAGGGCUUCUUGGAGGAGUUUGCCGACAUAUCCAAAGAGGACCAGAUUAAGAAACUGCAUGAUUUACUGGGGCCACAUAUGCUUCGGAGACUCAAGGCGGAUGUCUUUAAGAACAUGCCAGCCAAGACCGAGCUCAUUGUUCGAGUGGAGCUAAGCCCCAUGCAGAAGAAAUACUACAAGUACAUCCUAACUCGAAAUUUUGAGGCCUUGAAUUCUCGAGGUGGUGGGAACCAAGUGUCCCUGCUUAACAUCAUGAUGGACCUUAAGAAGUGCUGCAACCACCCGUACCUCUUCCCCGUGGCUGCUAUGGAGUCUCCUAAACUCCCCAGUGGGGCUUAUGAGGGUGGGGCGCUUAUUAAGUCAUCAGGGAAGCUGCUGCUGCUGCAGAAGAUGCUGCGCAAGCUGAAGGAGCAAGGACACAGAGUGCUCAUCUUCUCCCAGAUGACCAAAAUGUUAGACCUUCUGGAGGACUUCCUAGACUAUGAAGGCUAUAAGUAUGAGCGCAUCGAUGGUGGUAUCACGGGCGCCCUCAGGCAGGAGGCCAUUGAUCGCUUCAAUGCCCCUGGUGCCCAACAGUUCUGCUUCCUCCUGUCCACCCGAGCUGGUGGCCUGGGCAUCAACUUGGCCACUGCUGACACUGUCAUCAUCUUCGAUUCUGACUGGAACCCCCAUAAUGACAUCCAGGCCUUCAGCAGAGCCCAUCGGAUUGGCCAGGCCAACAAAGUGAUGAUUUACCGGUUUGUGACCCGAGCCUCUGUGGAAGAACGAAUCACACAGGUGGCUAAGAGAAAGAUGAUGCUGACACACCUAGUGGUGCGGCCAGGCCUGGGCUCCAAGGCUGGCUCCAUGUCCAAGCAGGAGCUGGACGACAUCCUCAAAUUUGGCACCGAGGAGCUAUUCAAAGAUGAAAAUGAGGGAGAGAAUAAGGAGGAGGAUAGCAGUGUGAUCCACUAUGACAAUGAAGCCAUCGCUCGACUGCUGGACCGUAACCAGGAUGCGACUGAGGACACGGAUGUGCAGAACAUGAACGAAUACCUCAGCUCCUUCAAGGUGGCACAGUAUGUCGUGCGUGAAGAAGACAAGAUUGAGGAGAUCGAGCGAGAGAUCAUCAAGCAGGAGGAGAAUGUGGAUCCUGACUACUGGGAGAAGCUACUGAGACAUCACUAUGAGCAGCAGCAAGAAGACCUGGCCCGCAACCUAGGCAAGGGCAAGCGGGUUAGAAAGCAGGUUAACUACAACGAUGCCGCCCAGGAGGAUCAAGACAACCAGUCAGAGUACUCAGUGGGGUCCGAGGAAGAGGAUGAAGACUUUGAUGAGCGUCCUGAAGGCCGUCGACAGUCAAAGAGGCAGCUUCGAAAUGAGAAGGACAAGCCACUGCCUCCAUUGCUGGCUCGGGUUGGGGGCAACAUUGAAGUACUGGGAUUCAAUACUCGACAACGGAAGGCCUUCCUUAACGCUGUGAUGCGCUGGGGGAUGCCACCCCAGGACGCGUUCACCACACAGUGGCUAGUGAGAGACCUGAGGGGCAAAACGGAGAAGGAGUUUAAGGCCUAUGUGUCUUUGUUCAUGCGCCAUCUGUGUGAGCCUGGGGCAGAUGGCUCCGAAACGUUUGCGGAUGGGGUCCCUCGGGAGGGGCUGAGUCGCCAGCAGGUGUUGACCCGCAUUGGAGUCAUGUCUCUCGUCAAGAAGAAGGUCCAAGAGUUUGAGCAUAUCAAUGGACGCUGGUCAAUGCCAGAGCUGAUGCCUGACCCCAGUGCUGAGUCCAAGCGCUCUUCCAGAGCCUCCUCUCCAACCAAAACAUCUCCCACCACUCCUGAGGCUUCUACAACCAACAGUCCUUGUACCUCUAAGCCUGCUACUCCAGCUCCAAGUGAGAAGGGAGAUGGUGUGAGGACACCGCUGGACAAGGAUGACACUGAGAACCAGGAAGAGAAGCCAGAGAAGAACAGCAAAGUGGGGGAAAAGAUGGAGGCAGAGGUCGAUUCUCCCAGCCCAGCCCCAUCACUGGGAGAACGGCUAGAACACAGGAAAAUUCUCUUAGAGGAUGAAGCACCAGGGGUACCUGGAGAGACAGAGCCUGAACCUGGAUACAGAGGAGACAGGGAGAAGUCUGCCUCAGAGCCAACACCAGGAGAAAGGGGGGAGGAGAAGCCAUUGGAUGUACAGGAACACAGGGAGAGGACGGAGGGGGAAACAGGGGAUUUGGGCAAGAGAGCAGAAGAUGUAAAAGCCGAUCGGGAGCUUCGACUUGGGCCUCCUCGAGAUGAGCCACGGCCCAAUGGGCGCCGUGAGGAGAAGGUGGAGAAGCCGAGAUUCAUGUUCAACAUUGCCGAUGGUGGUUUCACAGAGCUGCACACAUUGUGGCAGAAUGAGGAACGAGCAGCUAUUUCCUCGGGGAAACUCAAUGAGAUCUGGCACCGGAGGCAUGACUACUGGCUUCUGGCUGGCAUUGUCCUCCAUGGCUAUGCCCGGUGGCAAGACAUCCAGAAUGACGCUCAGUUUGCCAUUAUCAAUGAACCAUUUAAAACGGAAGCCAAUAAGGGGAACUUCCUGGAGAUGAAAAAUAAAUUCCUGGCCCGGAGGUUCAAGCUCCUGGAGCAGGCGCUGGUGAUCGAGGAGCAGCUGCGGCGGGCGGCCUACCUGAACCUGUCACAGGAGCCGGCGCACCCCGCCAUGGCCCUCCACGCCCGCUUUGCCGAGGCCGAGUGCCUAGCCGAGAGCCACCAGCACCUCUCCAAGGAGUCGCUGGCAGGGAACAAGCCAGCCAACGCUGUCCUGCACAAGGGUAAGGGCCGCGGUGGCCCCGCGCGGGGGAGGGCCCACAACGCUGCUUCUGAACCAGCUGGAGGAAUUGCUGAGCGACAUGAAGGCAGAUGUGACCCGCCUGCCAGCCACGCUGUCCCGAAUACCCCCCAUCGCAGCCCGCCUUCAGAUGUCCGAGCGCAGCAUCCUCAGCCGGCUGGCCAGCAAGGGCACGGAGCCUCACCCCACACCGGCCUUUCCCCCGGGUCCUUACGCCACACCUCCGGGGUACGGGGCAGCCUUCAGCGCCGCACCCGUAGGGGCCCUGGCCGCCGCAGGCGCCAAUUACAGCCAGAUGCCUGCAGGGUCCUUCAUCACAGCCACCACCAACGGCCCUCCAGUGCUGGUGAAGAAAGAGAAGGAAAUGGUGGGGGCGUUGGUAUCAGACGGGCUGGGGCUGGAUCGGAAGGAGCCCCGAGCAGGGGAGGUGAUUUGUAUAGACGACUGACUGGAUCCCAGGCCUGCCCUUCACCUAGGCCCCGACCCCGGAGCCGACCCACAUCUCAGGCCUUGGGGCCUGUUGCCAACCCUCCACCUUCCCCACCCCUUGGGCCACCACUGGGCUAGGAGCCCUUUUGCCCCUCUAUAAUGCCUCCCUUCAAGAGGACCCCUAUCUCUCUCCACCUCCACACACCUUUCCCACCAAACCUUGAAGACUGUGCUGGUGUGAAGAGGUCUAGGUGGGAGAUGGUUAACAGGGUCUUCCAAGUACCUGGAUGCCCCACCACCAAAUAUACACAGCUUCCCAAUAAAUGAUUGUCCGGGAGGGAGGAGGUGGAGCCUCCCAGGCCUUUCUUGUAGUAUCACCUCCACCUCCUGCCAAAGUGGGGGAUUAGCCUUGCCCGGCCUUUAGGAACUUCUAUGAGAUCAUCAAAGAGGAGGGGAACCUUGUUACAAAGAUGAAAAUAGCGGGAGGAGGAAGGGAAGGGGGGGGGGCUGCAUGGCACUUUUCCUCCCUCUUCCAAAUGGAGGGUACAACAGCUACAAGUGAGAGAGAGCGAGCUGAUUGCUGUUCACUGGCUCGGUUACCUCCUGUGUGUCAGCAUCUUGCAGUAGGAACUGUUCUCCUCCCCAGGGACCAAGGACCACCCCACAGAGUAAGGGUUGGGUGAUUCUCCCUCAAGCCAAAGAGGAGCUCCCCAGCCUGUUCUAGGUGACCUAGAAAGGGUGGGGGGAACACAGAGGGCCAGGCAUGGGGCAGACCCCCACGCUGGGGCUCAGGUUUCUAGGGGACGAAAUCCUCCCUCUUCAAGGCCUGGAUACAGACUAAAUUUGAGUAGGUCAGGCCAGGGACCUAGUCAGGAGCCUGUCUUGCCUGUGGGACCGAGCAACACAGUGGAUAUCAGGCUAGGGAGAUUCGGGCACAUUCCCCCUCCAAGGAGGGGCCAGGGAGUGGCAGUUUGCAUGGGGAACCCCCAUAUCCUCCUUGCCGCCUUUCCCAGUCUUUCUCUCCCACUCCUGGUCUGUCCCAAUCCCUUCUUCUGUAUCAGGUUAUCGGUUGUACAUAUAAAUUAUACUUUCCUUUC